UGGACCUGUACGGAAACACCGAACGGCCCCGCCCCCAAAGUGAGGUCCUUGCCACGGGCGCCGCCAUGUUUCCUGGCCGGAAGAGGCUCUCUUAUUGUGCUCGGGGUAAAACAUGCUGCGGAGCAGCAAGUAGGGCCCGACGCUGAGCCCUGAAACUAGCGGGGGUUACUUGGGGACUCUAGGGUGAGGUGAAAUGGUGAGAGUUUUGUAUCGGUAGAAUAGGAGGUAGACAGGUCGCCUGGGUUUCCUUCCCAUACUUAACGGUAGGGCCCUCUCCUGUCCGUGCUCAAGUUUUCCCAAGACGCCCUAGUCAGCCCAGUGGGGGAUCGAAUUCUUUUGACUUCGGCGCUCCGUCGCCAGAGACGUUUGGGACGUCGGCCGUAUUCCGCCCUUCCUCCCGUGGACGUGGGACAGUGCCCCCUGGCAUGGCGACGCUCCGGACCCUGCACUCCCUCCGCCGGCUCCGGGGCCGCGCAGGGCGGGCUGCAGACGUGCCCCUCCGAGCUGCAAGCCUUGGCGCCGGCCUGCUCUACCCCGAGCACAUCCCCACCUCCCCGCUGCAGAAGGCGCUGCUGGCCGCCGGCUCUGCGGGAAUGGCCCUCUACAACCCGUAUCGCCACGACAUGGUCGCAGUUCUAGGGGAGACCACAGGGUGCCAUGCCCUGAAGAUCCUCAGGGACCAAAUGAGGAGGGAUCCAGAGGGUGCCCAGAUCCUACAGGAGCGUCCCCGGAUCUCACUGUCCACCCUUGAUCUGGACAAGCUGCAGAGUCUGCCUGAGGGCUCCCUUGGCCGCGAGUAUCUCCAUUUCCUGGAUGCAAAUAGGGUCUCCCCAGACACCCGAGCACCCACACGAUUCGUGGACGAUGAGGAGCUAGCGUACGUGAUCCAGCGGUACCGGGAAGUGCACGACAUGCUCCACACCCUGCUGGGGAUGCCCACCAACAUCCUGGGGGAAAUCGUGGUGAAGUGGUUUGAGGCUGUCCAGACUGGCCUGCCCAUGUGUAUCCUGGGUGCACUCUUUGGACCGAUCCGACUCAGUGCCCAGAGCCUGCAAGCACUGGUCUCAGAGCUGAUCCCAUGGGCAGUUCAGAGUGGGCGCAGAGCCCCGUGUGUCCUCAACCUGUACUUCGAGCGGCGCUGGGAGCAGCCCCUGAGGGCUCUACGGGAGGAGCUGGGCAUCAGAGACCCCCCUGUGCAGGUCGGGGGCCUGGCCUAGGCCCUGAGCCACCGAGCCAGGGGGGCCCGGCCUGGCUUCCUGACUCCCGCACCCACCCCAGCUUCCCCUCGGGGCAGAGGGCUCCUUUGCCACUACCUUUGUUCCUUUAAGAACACUGACCCUUGGACAUCAUCUGUCAUGAUUUGUCAUAACCACUGCUGAGUGGCUUUGAGGACCAACCCAGGAAGGAGCAGGCAGCACAGGGCGGCUCCAGGGAGGCAGGAGCUGCCCAAAGAGAACCACCCGUGAGCAGGAAUCAGCCAUCUAGGCUCGUGCUGGAAUGUCUCAGGUCUACAAGCCCUGUUUCAGAGCCCUCCCUGCCAGCCACGGUGUUCUGGUGCCAGGCCGGGCAGCCUUCAGGAGGAGGGCUGCACCCAAUUCCAAAGACCUGAGAAGACGGAGGCGAGUCGGCUGUCUGCAUAAAGGCUCCUGUCAGGUCGAGCACCUGCCUCUGCCCUUACCCAGUGCUGCCCGUGACCCCGGCAGCCCUGGGCCAUGGAGCAGCGCCAAGGGCAGACGUUCCCUUUAGCCUGCGCUUCAGCCGCUUGUCCCAACUCCUCCGGUCUGAAGUUGGACAGACUAGGAUUCAAAUUCCCAACUCCCCCUAGCAGAGGAACUUAAAGCAAUCCUUUCCCUUCUCUGAGCCCAUUUUUCAUCAUCAGUAAAAGGGGACCGAAAACAGCCGCCACCGGCCAGGGUUACUGUGGGGGUUUCAUGAGGUGGCCCUCAGAAGGGCUUCGGAGGAAGGGCCCGAGGGGCAGGCGUUGUUUAUCACUGCGCUUGCAGGUGGGGGGAGGCAGUCGCAAGGCUGCAUGUUCUUUCUGGAGUGGGAACGAGGCGUUUUCCUUGCGUCAAAGCCAAGGAGUGGGGACCGGCAGGGUGAAAAGUAUCAUCUGGAGAAUGUGUGGCCCCGGCUUGGGGUUUAGAACCAGAAACACUCAAGAUAGCAGAGCCUUUAGAGUUUUGGGGGGCCAGCUCCUCGUUGUGUGGGUAGGGCAACUAAGGCCCAAAUAUGAGCAAAGAAUUGCCUGGAUUAAUUAGAAUCCAGGCCAAAAGACCUCCUGGUUCAUUUUCCUAUGCCUCAGUUUCCCUAUCGAUAAUGAGGGCUACAGUUUAUAGCUGUACUGUGUGCCUGAACACUUGAGGUGCAUCAGCACAUGGAUGCCUUCAGCAACCCAGCAGUGGAGGUGGCACUAGUAUUUUACUAAUGAGCAGAACUGGGGCUGGAGCCAGGGUUGUCCAAAGACCUGCCCAGCAUUGCCACACCAGUGUCUCAGCCUCCUUUGUGCCCACCACAUCCCAGUCCAGUGGCCCAUAGGAGACUGAAGGCCUGUUUUGGAACCAUGGCCUUGUUAAAAGGGAAGCCUUGUCCUGAGUUCUUUGAAUUUCUGCAGAAGGAGGAAGGGAUUGGGGAGCUCCCAGACCUCCAUCUGUGCAGUGUAGGACACCUUUCCAGACUGCCAGCUGUCCACAGCUUUCCAGGGCCCCAGGCACCCCUAACUGCAAGUCAGUAAAAGAACAGUGCCACGGUUGGGGGAGAAAGGUCAGACCGUCAGAUGGCUGCCUCUGCUCAGCUGGGGCACUCCCCUGCUCCAGCCACUAGGUACCUGGAGGACCUGGGCCUUUACGGCACUUGAGAGAUGGGCACUGACAACAGGAUUAGCUGGGAAUGGAGUCACAUCUCCACAGGGUGGCAUUUUUGUCACCCGCUCAUGACUGGAGGAAAAUUAUACUGGCAAUAGCUACCUCUUACUGUGUUCUUACCAUAGCCUGUGAGUCCCUGCCAACUUCUAGAAACUUCCAUUCUUCAUCCCAAUAAACCAUGUUGGUCUUCUUAC